GCGGCGGCGGCCGGUCUGGAGCUGCGGCGGGCGAGCCUGCGCGGCCAGCGGAGCCGCGGGGCCGGGAACAGGUGAUCGCAGCAGGAGACCCGCGCCCACCGGAGUUGCGGCGCCCGAGCCAGGGCUUCCGGGCUCAGCGGCAGGCCCAGGUUUGACAGAGGCCAGCUGCAGGCUUCGCACGCGCUUCCCGGGUAUCCCUCUCCCCGCGCGAGCAUCUGAAGCCCCUGGGUCCCGCGCAGCCUCGGGAGCGGCAGCCGCGCGCGGCGGAGCAAAGUUGUGAACGUGUCCCGAUCGCCGGGCCCUGCGCCGUCACCACCGACUGGGUGUCCGCUCUAGGAGCGGCGCUCGCCCUGCAGCCCUAGGGGUUCCCUUUGCAAACUGCUCCAGAGGCUGAAACUUCGGGUGCCGGCGGGUCGGGGCCUGCGUCCUGCGCACCCUCCGCGAGGGCGUCGCGGGCGGCAUGUGACCACUCCGGUGCGGGAAGGCGCGGGAGGGCGCGGGCUCCGUGGACCAGGCGGAGGGCAGGCUGCGGCGCACGGCGGGCCCGGGCUUCAGCCGAGCAGCCCCCCUCGCCCGGGCCCCGCCGAGGCCGCCGCGCCCCCGCCCCCGCGCGGGAGGAUUCGCUCCAAACUCCCUGAACUUCGGGCGGGUCCCGAAGCGGCGGCCUCGAGGUGCGCAGCCUUGCUCGGGGACCCCAGCUACUUCACCCUUGUUCCCCACCCUUGAGGACUCUGAGGACUCCCAGGGGCCCCGGGCGGAGCUGACAGCCCCCUGCUGCUGGCCGCGCCGCGAUGCUGGUGAGGAAAGUGCCGGGUUUCGUCCCGGCCUCGCCGUGGGGGCUGCGGCUGCCGCAGAAGUUCCUUUUUCUGCUCUUCCUCUCGGGCCUCGUCACCCUGUGCUUCGGCGCCCUGUUCCUGCUGCCCCACUCCUCUCGCCUCAAGCGCCUCUUCUCGGCCUCGCGGACCCAACAGCCGGGCCUGGAGGUGAUGGCCGAAAUCGCCGGUCACCACUCGGUGUCAGAGCAAGAGCCGCCUCCCAACCCUGCCCCUGCGGCUCCGGCCCCGGGUGAGGACGAUCCCAGCCGCCUGGUCGGUGUCCUCCGUAGGAAAGGGUGGCUGCGGCGAACCCGCCCCACCGGGCCCCGAGAGGAAGGCAACAGGGUUGCAGCCCUCAGGCCGCAGGAAGAGAGCGUCCGGUUCAGUUUCGACUACAAUGGUUUCCGCAGCCGGCUUCGACACCCGGUCUUGGGGACAAGGACCGAUGAGAGUAAGGAGUCCCAGAGUCUGGUGCGAGCUCAGCGAGAGAAAAUCAAAGAGAUGAUGCGGUUUUCCUGGCAGAAUUACCGCCGUUAUGCGAUGGGCAAGAAUGAGCUCCGGCCACUCACAAAGGACGGCUUCGAGGGCAGCAUGUUUGGCGGUCUCAGUGGGGCAACCAUCAUUGAUUCUCUUGACACCCUCUACCUCAUGGAGCUGAAAGAGGAGUUCCAGGAGGCCAAGGCCUGGGUGCAAGACAGCUUCCACCUGAACGUGAGUGGAGAAGCAUCUUUGUUUGAAGUGAACAUCCGGUAUAUCGGAGGACUGCUCUCGGCUUUCUACCUGACGGGAGAAGAGGUGUUCCGGGUGAAGGCCAUCAAGCUGGGUGAGAAACUGCUGCCUGCCUUCAACACACCCACAGGCAUCCCCAAGGGCGUGGUCAACUUCAAAAGCGGUAGCUGGGGCUGGGCCACCGCAGGCAGCAGCAGCAUCCUGGCCGAGUUUGGGUCCCUGCACUUGGAAUUCCUGCAUCUUACUGAACUCUCUGGCAAUCCAGUCUUUGCAGAAAAGGUCAGACAUAUCCGCAAGGUCCUCAGGGAGAUUGACAAACCCUUCGGUCUCUACCCCAACUUCCUCAGCCCCACGAGUGGAAACUGGGUGCAGCAUCAUGUCUCCGUCGGAGGACUUGGGGACAGUUUUUAUGAAUAUUUGAUCAAGUCCUGGUUGAUGUCAGCCAAAACAGAUACGGAGGCUAAAACUAUGUACUACGAAGCCUUGGAGGCCAUAGAGACCUAUCUAGUGAAUGUCUCUCCCGGGGGCUUGACCUACAUUGCUGAGUGGCGUGGAGGAAUUCUGGACCAUAAGAUGGGACACCUUGCCUGCUUCUCAGGGGGCAUGAUUGCCCUUGGUGCGGAUGAUGCCAAGGAAGAUAAAAGGGCCUACUACCGAGAGCUUGCAGCCCAGAUCACCAGGACAUGUCAUGAGUCCUAUGCCCGCUCAGACACCAAGCUGGGGCCUGAGGCCUUCUGGUUCAACUCUGGCCGAGAGGCGGUGGCCACACAGCUGAGCGAGAGCUACUACAUCCUGCGACCUGAGGUGGUAGAGAGCUACAUGUACCUGUGGCGGCAGACGCAUGACCCCAUCUACAGGGAGUGGGGCUGGGAGGUGGUGAUGGCCCUGGAGAAACACUGCCGGACAGAAGCCGGCUUCUCGGGGAUCCAGGACGUGUACAGCAGUAACCCCAACCACGACAACAGGCAACAGAGCUUCUUCCUGGCUGAGACACUGAAAUACCUCUAUCUUCUGUUCUCUGAAGAUAACGUGCUGUCGCUGGAAGACUGGGUGUUCAACACCGAGGCUCAUCCGCUGCCCGUCAACCGCUCGGACAGCUCCAGCAUAGCUGGCCACCCUCACUGACCACUGUCGCCACGCCUGUGUCUCAGGGACGCCUCUACUUUCUUGGGAUCCGGGACCGUUCUCAGAGGCACUGGGGACGGAAGGCCUGCUGUGGGCAGACCCUGGACGGAUGUGUCGGACAGGCGACUUCUUUUCCUCUGUGAGGAGACAGGAGCUGGUGAUGUACCAGCGUGGGCCCCCGGGCUAUGGUCCCUGGUGCCUACACGUUCCUUUCUAUGGGGGAAUUUCUGUGUCCCCACACUCGCUGUCCCUGGGCCAAAGGACUGGAGGUCUGCAUAUCCAUCUUGUGUAUUUGAUUCCGUUUCCUUUUUGGUUUAGGGAGUUCAGUUUCGCUUGACUUUACUUUUUUUUUUUUUUUUCUUUCUCCCCAUUUGAGUUUUAUGACAAUUAUAAUUUUCAAAAUCAUGCACCUUCUAAAGCGGCGUCACCUAACUCAAGGAGACCUUAAGUGUUUGUAUACACACACACACACACACACACACACACACACUUGACCCGUCUGCUUUUAAUGCCUAUCACCCGACAUUGAUUAAGUUCAACUUCUUGUCAUCUACCCUGUCAUCUGAGGAGACAUUCCCCUUUGCUUUGGUCCCAAAUGUUACAAAUCACUAAUAAUGCUAUUUUCGUUACUGUAAUGGAAAAAUAUGUGAAGUAGAAUAAAGGAGUUCAUUGAAUAAGAAAUAAGAUUGGACUCAUUGGCCACCAGAGUCUCCUGGGAGAAAACCCUCCAACAGUGUCGUCCGAAGCCGUCACCAGCUGGCAGCGGAGCUGAGGUGUGACUUACUGAAGGCAGUGGGUGCGGCUUCUCUAUUUCCCUCCAGUCGGCCCUGGUACAUGCAGGAAAUGAGAGGCCAGCCCUUUGGGUACAGUUGGGUGUGCAUACCCACACUUGGAGGAUGGAGGAUUGGAAGAAGCCCAGGGAGGUGACUCUGUUUGCCUGAGGUCACCUUGCCUCUGGGAUCUCCUGGCCACCCUGGUCCUUUGUUGUUCAUGUUGUCAAUCAGCAAUGCUUGAUGCGCCCCUGCCCCCACCAGGGUUAGAUGGCUUCCACCUCGCAGUCAGGGCGCUCAGAUCAUAUACGGUGCCUCUACGUUAGUGGAAUGACUAUAAACCAUUGCAAAUAUCAACAAGGACACAGGAGGCUCAGCCAACAGUAGCUAGGACCUGGGUGGGGGUUAGGGAUAUAAGGACAGGGGUUAUUGUCAUAAGGACAGUAAGACCCAAAGACAAGUAGGCACUGUGUAUAGAAAAGGACAUAGUGUGGUAAUAUCUUCUAACCCAGACCCCCCCCCGUCACUCUCUCCGUGCCAUCUCCCUGUGAACCCAGAAGCCAUCUGCAUGGCGAGGAGUCCAGGUCCCUACACUGCCGUACCAGGCUUUCCUUUCCAGCAGCCCUGAUGGCAGCCUGGACACAGCUGAGGUCCUAGGGAAUGUUGACUCUCUCCCAGCCCCCUCAUUAGACUGUGCUUGUCAACUGGCCAUCAAGGUAUUGGGGCUCCAGGCCUGGAGACACCCACCCACCCACUGUGUGAGCCCAGACCAGUCACCUCACCUCUCUGGGCUGGUUUCCAUCAGCAGAAAUUACACCUACUGAGGUUGCUAUGAGAACCAGCAAGAUGCUCCUGAUACCCUAUGGUCCAGGAUCCACUGCCUCCUUGUUCUGGAGGCUCAGACAGCUCAGCUCUUCCUGAGCAGAGCUGUGCAUGCACAGUCCCCAUAGCAGGAACCCCGGUGCUCAGAGCAUCCGUCACACACUUUGGUCAGGUGUCCACAGAAUGGCGUCUCCUGCUAUCUGUAGCACACAUGUCAAAGGGAAAGGGUCACUCGCUGCAUAGACACUGCAGGACAAUUAAGAAACCAAGAUAAUCAGAAAGGAAAUAGGGUCUCCACCCAACUCCCCAGAAUGAAUACUGUUAUAUUUUCUUCUAUACCUUUUUCUAUGAAUAUAUAGAAAAUAUAUUUUGCAAACAUGUUGUCAGCCUAUGCAUACUGUUUUUCUUAUAACCUGCUUUUGCACUUAACUAUAUAUUGUGAACAUCUUUCCAUGUCAAGAAAU